CGCGAGCGGGCGGCGGCACAGCUGGUGUCGACCCAGGGAUGGGGGCAGGGCCGGGGACGCUGUGUGCGAGUUCCCGUGGACGUGGGAGAGGGUACCUCUUCAUCUGGAUCUAGGAGUCGACUGGCUCGGGUAUCUUCUUUCCGCCAGCGAGAGGAGGAGGAGGAGGAGGUGGCAGUUCCAUACCUUGAGCCGGAGGGGGUACCGGAUGUUGACCCUCCACCUGGGGAGGAGGAUGAGCAGGAGGACAGCUACCCGAGAGGGCCCAUUGACACUUCCGUGCUGAUAUCCUAUCGCGACCACGUCGCUAGGCGUAUCUGGGAGGGAGAGGAGAGGGUGCCGUUGAAAAUGGUGAACCAUACCAGAAAGAUUUUCAGUCUGUUUAAACCAACUGCCGGGUGGUUUAACGACGCGGUGCGAGGUUCGGGGCUUAGCGGGCUCUGCAUGACGUGUUACACCACCAUCAGCCACGGCAUGCAGGGGGCAUUUGUGGAGCGCUGGCACAAUGAGACGUCUUCUUUCCACUUGCCGGUUGGGGAGAUGACGAUCACCUUGGAUGAUGUGCAGUGUCUUCUCCACCUUCCCAUCAGGGGGCCGCUGUUGACCCACUCCCGGAUCCAGAGGGUCGAGGCCAGUCAGUGGAUGGCGCUCUAUUUGGGCAUGGAGCCCGAAGUUGCUGACUUUGAGUGCGCCACGACAUCUGGGCCUCAUAUCCGGUUCAUCACACUGAGCCGCUACUUCGAGCAACACCUGGUGGCGGCGGCCGAUGCCGAAGCCGCGGGUGACGAUCUAUUCACACAGUAUCACCGCGGCUGCGCUCUCCGGUGCUGGUACAUGCAUGUGGUAGGUGCUGCAUGCUUUGUGGACAAGAGUGCAAGGUACGUCGACGUGACCUACCUCCGCUACUUCAUGGACCUGGAUACCGUUCACCAGUGGAACUGGGGGGCAGCUACUCUGGCAUACCUCUACCAGAAGCUGAAUGAGGCCUUCAACUGGAGGACGAGGCAGUUGGUUGGAUCCUGCACACCACUCACGAGUUGGAUCAUCUCCUACUUCUCCCGCAUCCACGGCAUCCACAUCGAUCUUGCGUACGUUGACGCCAUGCCCAGGGCCGCCAGAUACGUUCUGCAGAGGGGAAACAAUGUGGUGGGACCAUACCGUGGGUACCUGGACCGCACGGUGCACGACGACAUCACCUGGAGGCCGUUCAGCGACUACACUCAGAUUGUCCCCUUUGAAGGCAUAUCUCUAUAUUCUGGCUGGUUGGCAUGCGGGACUACCAUCAUGGUCCGGUAUCUCCCUUAGCGGUGCAUGCGGCAGUUCGGAUUCGUGCAUAUGAUACCCAGGUCACCCUUCGAGGCUGCUCCCGACACAGUGACCAGAGUGCAGCUCACUGCCAUGUGGCCCGAUUGGGAGCAUCAUGUGGUACCGGAGGAGUACCGUCUCAUGCGGGUCACCCAGGACUGGCACAGUGUGGAGGGGUACGUCACAUGGUUCUACCGGGUGUCUCAUCCUUUGCUGACACCCGACGCUCCCGGCGCUCCUAGGCCAGCACACGAGGAGAUCCUGGAGAACCAGCAGGCCGAGGAUGACCACGCCAUUGAUCUCCUGCCAAUCUGCCAGUGGAUAGAGAUGCUUGGGUGUCGUUCAUCAGGGCGGUCUAGACGCAGUCGCCGUGAUGGAGAUGAUCAUCACUGAUGCGGGUCGUGCGGCAGCAUACAGGCGACAGAGGAGGGCCCAGGGUGAGAGGGUUAGGCACACCCAGUAGUGGUCGGGUUUAUUUAUUUUUUGUUUUCGGAUUGUAUCUUUAGCACAAUAUUUUUAUUUGG